AUGCUCAAGCCAUACAAAAUCAAGUUUCCUGCUGACCCAGCAAGUCCGACGAAGCAAGGAGUCCUCGGAAAGAUCGCGAAAGUUUAUGAUCCUCUCGGGUUGAUUUCGCCCAUUACUCUGCAAGGGAAGUUCGUCUAUCGCGAGUGUUGUGAUGCGAAGGUCCCCUGGGACGCCAAACUGCCUCGAAAGUUAGAAGCUAGAUGGACGGCGUGGCAGAAAAGCCUACCAGAGAACGUGACCGCGCCAAGGAGUCUAGCGAAGUUCCAGGAGCUAAUUGAAGAUAUCAGAUUACACACAUUCGGUGAUGCGAGUAUUCAAGGAGUGGGAGCAACGGUGAUAGCCGUGGUCCAACAAGCUAGUGGCACAACGCAAGGCUUCGUUGCUGCAAUGUCGCGGUUAGCCAAGAAAAACCUUACAAUACCCUGCUUGUAUGUCGUAUCAGCACACAUGGCAGCCAACCUCGUUGACAACGUCCGAGAGGCAUUGGAAGGAUUCCCAGUGAGCCAGGUAUUCGGAUGGUUAGAUAGUACCGUGGCCUUACACUGGAUCAAGGGAAAUGGAGAGUUGAAACAAUUCGUGGGAAAUGAAGUUCAAAUCAUUAUUUCUCGCUAG